ACCAAUGGAAGACGCUAGACAGUAAGCGCGCUGCUGAAAAUAGUGGGUCGUCCGACCACUUCGAUAUCUCCGCCCAACUCCCGACGGACAAGUCGAGGUCCGACCGACUUAAAUCACUCCGUCGUCUUCCUUCUAUUAAUCUUCUCUUCCCCUUUUAAUUUUCUCCGACCUGUUUCUUCAUUUGGCCAUUGUACAAAAUGCAGUCCUCACUCUCACUCCCUUUCUCUCCCAUCUCCUCUGAGUCCACCACUUCCAGGUCUCACCCCGUCUCCAACUUUGUUCCCUUCACUGGACGGAGGCCUUUGAAUCUCCGAUUCUGCGGUUUAAGGCGCGAGGCACUUGGUCUUAUCUCACUCCAGCUGUACGAUGAGCACCAGAGAAUCCAGCUUUCUCACCCUGGAGUUUCCAAGAAAGUUUCUGCUGCCUUGUCUGACAAUGGUAGCUCUCCAAAGUCAUUCGAUUACGAUUUGUUGAUUAUUGGAGCCGGCGUUGGUGGCCAUGGGGCCGCGCUUCAUGCGGUUGAGAAGGGCUUGAAAACAGCCAUUAUAGAGGGAGAUGUGAUGGGAGGUACAUGUGUAAACAGAGGCUGUGUUCCUUCUAAAGCUCUUUUGGCUGUAAGUGGACGUAUGCGGGAACUACAGAAUGAUCAUCACAUGAAGUCCUUGGGCUUGCAGGUUUCUGCUGCUGGAUAUGACAGACAAGCAGUUGCUAACCAUGCUAACAAUCUUGCUUCAAAGAUUCGUGGUAAUUUGACCAAUUCAUUAAAAGCACUUGGAGUAGACAUACUUGCAGGUUUUGGAACCAUUGUGGGACCUCAAAAGGUGAGAUUUGGCUCUUCCAACAAUGUAGUAACUGCUAAAGAUAUAAUAAUUGCAACGGGUUCUGUUCCUUUUGUUCCUAAGGGCAUUGAAGUUGAUGGGAAGACUGUGAUUACCAGUGACCACGCACUCAAACUAGAGUUUGUUCCUGAUUGGAUAGCAAUUGUAGGAAGUGGUUACAUUGGACUUGAAUUUAGUGAUGUGUACACAGCUCUUGGAAGUGAGGUUACUUUCAUCGAAGCUUUAGAUCAGCUUAUGCCUGGAUUUGAUCCUGAAAUCAGCAAGGUGGCUCAGAGAGUUCUAAUAGCCCCGCGGAAAAUUGACUAUCAUACUGGAGUUUUUGCCUCCAAGAUCACUCCUGCAAGGGAUGGAAAACCUGUCAUCAUUGAACUGAUUGAUGCACAAACCAAGAAACCAAAGGACACCUUGGAGGUAGAUGCUGCACUAAUAGCAACUGGAAGGGCUCCGUUCACUAAGGGUCUUGGCUUGGAGAAUAUUAAUGUCACAAUGCAUCGUGGUUUUGUUCCUGUGGAUGAGUGCAUGCGAGUGAUUGAUACAAAUGGCAAUCUGGUCCCUCAUUUAUAUUGUAUUGGUGAUGUAAAUGGCAAGAUGAUGCUCGCUCAUGCUGCCAGUGCACAAGGAAUUUCAGUGGUUGAACAAAUAACUGGAAAAGAUCACGUGCUCAAUCACUUUAGUAUCCCAGCUGCUUGUUUCACUCAUCCUGAAAUUAGCAUGGUUGGAUUGACUGAGCCUCAAGCAAGGGUGAAAGCUGCAGAAGAGGGCUUUGAAGUUAGUGUUUGCAAAACAAGUUUUAAAGCAAACACGAAAGCCCUUGCAGAAAACGAAGGGGAAGGACUUGCAAAGUUGAUAUACAGACCUGACACUGGAGCGAUACUAGGGGUUCAUAUUUUUGGAUUGCAUGCUGCAGAUCUGAUCCAUGAAGCAUCCAAUGCCAUUGCAUUAGGGACACGUGUUCAGGACAUAAAGUUUGCAGUUCAUGCACAUCCAACUCUGUCUGAGGUGCUUGAUGAAUUAUUUAAAUUAGCAAAGGUAGCACAAGCUUCUAGUUCUAGCACAGCAAGCGAACCAGUUGCUGUCUAAUCUUCCCAGAGUGUAAAUUUUUGACGAAAUUAGCUUGUAUUAUUGAGUGACCGGGAUUACUGGACCCACAGCCUCAGGCGGACGAAUAAUGCUUCGUUUGGCUUCUAGAAUUUUCACUGUCAAGUGUUGACAUGGGAAUGGGAUUCCAUGGGGCUGCGUGUUUGGUUCAUUCUUUUGGUCUCCAUUCCAUUCCACUAGCAUGCAAUCAGGAUUUCUGGGGUGGCUAUUCCAUUGAUCAAUGGAUGGAAUGCAGCCUUAUUCCUGGAAUGGGGUGCUAAAAUGACUGGAAUGUCCUUUGCUCCCUUUGCUUAUAAAAUUCUCCACGCAUGCUCCAGGUCAAUCCACGAACUCAUUUCUUAUGUUUGUAGGGGAGAGAACUUCAUGAUAGUGUGUAAUAUAAUAUCAUCUAUUAUCAAAUUUAUUUGUUGCGUGGUGUUCUCAACCAUCCUGUACCUUCAGACUCUUUAAGUUAUGAAUAUUCUAAUAUAUUUUUAUAUUAACGGUA